AUGUCGCUGCAGCAGAGCGCCUCGUUCGAGCUGCGGCGGGACGUGGCCCCCAGCCUGGAGCCGCCGGAGCCGGGGGCCAAGGCCGAAGUCACUUUUAAGACAAACUCAGAAACCCUCCGUAUGGUGAACGUGGAAAGAGAUGGAACCAUUAUUUACACCUGGAAAGACACUGAGAGGAAUGUCCACUUCGGAUUAUACGAUCUCCAGACUAAACAGAAUGAGCACCUGUAUGUCUUUGAGAGAGACCUCCAAGUCAUCAGCUGUUCUGUCAACAGUGAGAAGACCUUGCUCGCCAUCAGCUUCUCCCAGUUAACCCAAGAAAGAAGAACAAAUGAACUUCAGCCAGUGUCGAAAUGCUUGACAUUGUUGGUGGAAAUUAACCCACUCAACAACGUGAAGGUCCUGAAGGCGGUCGAUAGCCGAAUAUGGGUCCAGUUCCUCUACCCAGUGGAUGACAGAAAGCCUUUUCCAGAGAGCCACCUGCUUGUUGUGUCGGAGGAGAAAUACCUGGAACAGUUUCACAUCGCGGUGACGGAACGAGAUGGAGGCCGGGUGGUGAAGUCCAAUUCCAGCCCCCUGCCUAGAGACCGAGUAGUGGAAGACUUCGCUUGGGCUCAGUGGGAAAUGUCGGAACAGAGGCUUUUCUACAUCAUCCCCGUGCAAUCAAGAAGCAUCUUAAAAUGCAUCCAGUUCUAUCCUGAUGAGAUCUUUAACAUAAUAUUUGAAGUUCCGCUGGACAUUUCAUUAAGUGACACAGGAUUGAAACUUGUGAACUUUGGGCCUGACUACUCCCAAGACCCAGAGAUGGGAUGCAAGCAGCAGAACCUGCGGGUCUUCACCCAUCAGACAGGAAGCUUGUGCGUCUGCUACAGCCAGCCAUCUGGUUCCCGGCUGGAGGCUACUUAUGUGCUGUUUUACAUCGAUAAAGGUUACAGUAAGACGUUCACUGUUGCCUUGCAGAACUCUGAUCCUCAGCCCACCCAGGAAGUUACUUUUUUUAACCUUGGCUUCUACGUGGCUGCCUGCCUCCCUGGGCAUUUCCUGCAUCUUCUCAACGUUCAGCACCCUGAAUUACUCUGCUACAGUCUGUUUGGAGCCGAUGCGUCUGGAGCGACGAACGGGCCGAGCCUCGGCUCUCUGCAGCCCCUGGCCGAAGGCGUGGUGUUGGACUGGGAUUCGGGAAGGCUGGUGAAAGUGAGCUUGAGCGAGGCCUCGCUGCUUCGGUUCCUGUGGGACAGCAAGCGGGACUGGGAAAGGCUGGCGGCACUGCACGGUUUGCUGUCGUGCUGCCCGAACCACAAGAAGCUGGAAGCCCAGAUUGUCUGCUGGAUCUUGGAGAACCUGUCGGCCUGCCAGGGAUUUGACCCAAUUCAGGAAUUCAUCAUUGCUUCUUUGUACUGGAGAGUGUGUGCAAAGACGAGGAACAUAGACAAACUCUUACCUUACUCAUCGCUGCUUCACUGGGAUACAGAGAUCCCUGGAAUCGCGUGUGUAACGGACGAUAUCUCCCUGCCGCUGAUGAAGAUACACAGCUUCAGGGGUUACUGGGAGAAGCUGAACGGCAACCUGGAAUGUGUCCGGGGUGCGGGCCCGCGCCUGCGUUACAACAACAACGUCCUGAGGAGGGAGUGGGAUCGCCUGCUCUUCGAGGAGCAGAGCGGAUGGACGAUGCCCGAGCUACAGCCGAGGAACGAUCUCCAGAUGGCAAAAAGGGUGCUGUCCAGACUUGAAGCCAGGGACCCAGAGCAGAGGCUGGCCCCGCUGUUCCAGGAGGAAGACUCCCACCAGAGAAUGCUUAUAGGGCAGAUGGUGACGGAGCUGAACCAUCACCUCCUGAGGCACGGCCAGCAAGUGGGGAAGCAGCAGAUCGGGCAGACGGCCCUGGACUACGUUGCCGAGUUGCUGGGCCUCGUUGGCCGCCUGGUGGACUCCAGCUGGAGGAAGCACAACCUCUGCCCCGGAGCUCCUCACUGCACAGGCCGUGGCGGGAUGGAGGAGGUGGCCGUGUUUCACACCAUGACCCGGAUCCUGGGGGCCGCAGUCGGGAUGUGUCUACCUCUGCCUCCUGGUUUCCACACGCUGCACCUGGUCCUGGGGGUCCGGUGCCUCCCCCUGUCCAUCCUGCUGCACUAUCUGGACGGCGGCAUCCUGCGGCUCACCGAGGCCGGGGCCACCAGGCUCCUGAAAGACCUGGACAACAGUGAGAAGAACGAACAACUCAAAUUCAGCAUCGUGGCUCGACUCCCUCCGUCCAUCGUGCCCAAAGUCAGUCAGCUGUGGGACCACCCCACGAGCUCCAACAUCAUCGCCAGGAAACACGUGCAGCUGCUGCUGCAGAAAUUUGGGGCACACCGGCCCAGGCCCGCUGUGAUUGACAAGUCAUUGUACGAGUUGGAGUUCCUGCCUCUGAACUACUUGGCCAAAAUGCUGGCAGAAAUGGAGGUUGGCGAUGAAGUUCUCAAUCCUCGCGAAGACCAGGACCAUGUGGACGCCAGAUUCGUGGAGGAAGCGGCCUUGAAAGAAACUACCAUGAUUCUGGGCCUCUAAAGGGGGCAAAAAUGUCAGUUAACUUGCACCUUUUCCACAUUUCUCCCUAUACCUGCACUUAGAGGGGCUUGGCUGUGUAACCCAAAUUCCUCCUGUAUACGACCUUAAGGAAGGGAAAGGCUAAAACUCUUCCCCACGGUGGUUCAGAAACAUCUAGGCUGAUGGGGUAACCGAGCCUCUCGAGGUUUCUGCCUGGGGGGAGGUAGGGAGAGACGCUCCAGCAGUUGCAGGUUAAACUGCGGCAGCUUCUCCUCCUCCAGACUGGGGUGGGGUGUGCAGGGGUCGUGAGAAUGUCAGGUAGGCGAAGGAGCAGAUGGGAGGUCUGGGGUAAGGCCCGGAGGCAGAGAAAGGAGCCGUUGUCUUUCUUAAAAAAUGCGGGUGGGCCAGGGCUUCUCUGGGUUGAAACGGUACGAAUACGGCAGGGUGAGGAAUGGCCCAGUGAGCAAUGAAGGAAUGCAUUCCUCUAAAUAAUGGAGAGUUAGAAAUGAAACAAGUUCCUAAUGACUCCAGGAAAAGCAGAUUUGGAUCCCGAGUAAAGGUUUACUACUGAUUGGUGUCAGGGCCCAAGCAGCUUCUGUUUCCAAUGGGUAAGCUUUUGUAAUAUACGGUAGAUGUGUAUAUAACGUAGCUGAAGGAGGUUUUGUUUUUUUUGGGGGGGGUUUUGGUAAUUGAAAGGUCUUUGAACGGAAUUGUAUUUAAUUUUAUACCAGUGGCUUUUUUUAGUGUUUAUAAGACGUUUAAACUGGUGAAAAGUUUCAAAUAAACCCUAUUAGUAUCCUGG